AUGACGAAGGGUACCUCCAGCUUCGGCAAGCGCCACAACAAGACGCACACCCUCUGCAGGCGUUGCGGUCGCCGUUCCCUCCACGUUCAGAAGCACACCUGCGCCUCCUGCGGCUACCCCGCUGCUAAGACCCGCAGCUACAACUGGGGCGAGAAGGCCAAGAGGAGGCACACCACCGGUUCUGGCCGCAUGAGGUACCUGAAGACCGUCCCUCGCCGCGCCAGCAACAACUUCCAGCAGGGUGUCGCCAAGCGCAAGGAGAGGGCCUCGGCGUAA